AGGUGCCGCUCGCCCGCUGGCGGUGGUGUGAUCCCCGAGGUGGCUGUGGCAGAGGGGUUUGAGUGGCCCCUGGGUUUCCCCUUGCUGAUGGACCACCACCCCGUGUCCCGGCAGGAGAGCGAGGACGCGGUGAAAGUCCUGGCCAAGGAGAAGGACCUGCUGGAGAGGGAGAAGUGGGAGCUGCGGCGGCAGGCCAAGGAGGCCACGGACCACGCCAGCGCCCUGCGCUCCCAGCUCGACCUGAAGGACAACCGCAUGAAGGAGCUGGAGGCCGAGCUGGCCAUGGCCAAGCAGUCCCUCGCCACGCUGACCAAGGACGUCCCCAAGCGCCACUCCUUGGCCAUGCCGGGCGAGACGGUGCUGAACGGCAACCAGGAGUGGGUGAUGCAGGCCGACCUCCCGCUGACGGCCGCCAUCCGCCAGAGCCAGCAGACCCUCUACCACUCCCACCCCCAGCACUCGGCGGACAGGCAAGCCGUGCGGGUGAGCCCCUGCCACUCCCGGCAGCCGUCCAUCAUCUCCGACGCCUCUGCGGCCGAGGGCGACCGCUCAUCCACGCCCAGCGACAUCAACUCCCCCCGGCACCGCACGCACUCGCUCUGCAACGGGGAUAGUCCUGGACCGGUACAGAAGAACUUGCACAACCCCAUCGUACAGUCUCUAGAAGACCUGGAAGACCAAAAAAGGAAAAAGAAGAAAGAGAAGAUGGGCUUUGGCUCCAUCUCCAGGGUGUUUGCCCGGGGGAAGCAGCGCAAGUCCCUCGACCCCGGGCUCUUCGACGGGACAACUCCCGACUACUACAUCGAGGAGGACGCGGACUGGUGA